AUGAACCUCCCUGACCGUUUCGACAUGUACAGUGUGGGAAUUAUCUUCCUUCAAAUGGUCUUCCCCAACCUCCGCACGGAUAGUCCCCUGAUCCAGUUCAACCGCCAGCUGAAGCGCUGCGAGUACGACCUCGCAAAGUGGCGCGAGGUGCAGGAAGGCCGCGCACUCAGCGACGCGCAGCUCAAAGCCUUCGCCAUGCUCGACGCUGACGGCGGCCACGGCUGGUCCCUCCUGCAAUCCCUCGUCAACGUGAAGCCCGGGCGGCGGAUUUCGGCCGCGGGAGCGCUCGCGCAUCCGUUCUUCUACCCUGGGGAUGUGCCGCUGCUGCAGCAGCUGCGGCUGGGGUUUGUGCGGUUCCUGUAUCGGGACAACACGGAGCUGUCGGAGGCGUUUGGGACGUUCAUGUCGAAAGCAGGCACGGAUGAGGCCGGCGGAUUCACGGAAGCGUCGCUUAUGGAAUUCAAGUGUGCUCCUUCCUUCACCCACCAUCCAGUGUGCUCCUUCCUUCACCCACCUUCCAAUCUGCACCCUCUUGCACCCACCCUUCAAUAUUUCUGCCUUCUCAUCAGUCCACCAACACCCUGA